CAAGAAUUCCUUUGAGUCGCCACCUCAGAUCAGAGUCAGGGCCCUCUUUUCCUUCCACUGUCCAGUUGCUGCGGAAGCUCGCAGCUUCGCCCAUUCGCUGAAAUCCGUGUACAGACUUUGGUGUUCGCAAUCUUUCACUGCAACGCUCGCGCAUCUUCAGUGCUUGACAAGUUAAGCACUGCAAGUAAGUCUCCUGCGCGCUGACCCUUUCUUUGACCUUCAACCGGCACUUGCACUGGAGACGCCAGCUGCUUCGAACAUUUGAGUACCUGGUCGAUCUGGGCAGCUGGUUGAUCAGUAGGUCGCGGUGGUCUGAGUUUUGGCGGCUUCUCAGAGGAUCUUCUUUUGCGUCUCAGACUCCACCAGGUCACAGUGACGUCACACACGCAACCGUGAAGGGAUAUGGGUCCCAUGGUAACACCGCCGCCCACGUACACGGCAAGCGAGUACCUGGCCAACGACUUUUGGAAGAAGAAGAUCUCCUACUUCUUCGACUUUCUCGACGUCGACAAGAAUGGCUUCCUCGCGCAGGAUGACAAGGACCGCUCGCUUGUGCUCACUCUAGCCCAGAUCAAGAAGCCCCUGACCGAGGCGGAUCUGGCCUCCUUCAAUAUUGGCUACGACGAAGCGUGGACCUUCUACGGCUUCAAGGGGAUCCCCCUCAGCAAGAGGGACAUGAUUCAGCACAUGGCGGACAAGUGUGGCACCUCGGGCAUCGCGGAGUAUCUCGAGAAGAUCGGCAAUCGCUGGUUCGGCCUUCUUGACGAAGACGGCGAUGAAGAGGUUUCUUGGGUGGAGUUCUGCAACAUGCACAAGGGGGCCGGGCGCAAUUGGGAGGAGGAUGCAAAGCUGUCGUUCGAGGCUAUCGACACGGACGGCGAUGGCCAUAUCUCAAAGCAGGAGUGGACGAACAUGGUUUGGGGGUUCUUCAUGGGGCUCGACCCGACCUCCCCGAGCCGAUUCAUGUGGAACAACUUUGACAAGCUGCAGGCAACCACCGUGGUACCGGUUUACUAAGCACAAAACGAAGAUGGCAGAAGUGCCGGAAAGGAUGUUGCUGUAGCGACGUAACGUCGGAAAGUGGGUGUUGGGAUUGUUUUGUCGGAAGGUAGAACUGGUUCCGUCGGAAGUCCAAUUGUAUCAUUGAACAGACGCGCCGCAGCGUUUUUGCGAACCAUGCUCAACUUGAAUUGUAGCCCGCGCGAAAUAUCAAAUUGCGCGCCAGCAGUCCCUCACGUCGGAUCGUAUGUCGGGUGCGGUAA